AUGCUGCGAAUCAAUUUCCUCCAGCUGGUCUUCGUAUCACUCAUGCUUCUAUCUCUCGCUUUCGCGACGAAGCAGCCAGUGAUCAACCAUGCCGUGCACCGUGAGUCCCAGUCUCUCCAGGACGUCCUGGCCGGCAUCAACGUGAACUCCAUUCACGAGGCCCUGCAUGCCCUCUCUCGCAAGUUCCAGGACGGCAUUUUCCCGACUGACAUGAGUGCCGCCGAGGCCCUGCAAGGUGAUGAUGAGACUAUCGCGAGCCUAGUCAGACUCGCCAAGCGGGAUAGCAAUUCCACCACGGCGUCGGUAGAUUCUACCACUACUUCCGUGCCUGUCACAACAACCAGCUCCAGCAGUGAGACCCCCACCACUACGGUGCAGACUACUACUUCCAAGUCGACCACGGAGCCAUCGACUACGUCUACUACCAGUUCGAGCUCGAGCUCGGUUCCGACUACUACCGCGGUGUCUACCACAACGACCACCAGCCAGAGCUCGUCUUCUUCGUCUUCGAGUGUGCCAAGUACUACUUCGACUACUAGCACGGUGCAGAGCACUCUCACCACCACCACCACGAGCCAUUCCACCACUUCUUCAUCAAAGACUACCUCUGCCCCUACCACCGACAGCUCUUAUACUUCCACGUAUAAGAGCACCACCACCUUGCCCGAUGGCAGCUUGAGCACCAUCACCUCAACCACUAUCGUGCAUGUCCACGCCACGGGCUCUUCUGGAAGCACGACCACCACAGGCUCUUCUCCAAGCCUACAGACCGGUGGAGCGGCCUUGACUACCACGGGCUUUACUCGUGAGGUUGUGGCUAUGCUCGGUGGCGCCAUCAUGGUCGCCAUGGCCCUGUGA